GUUGUCUUCCUCUCCUCCUCCCCCCUUUUUUUUCGUAUAUUAAGAGAUGAGUAGUAACAAAAAAAGAAAAGCAAUAUUACCUUUACAUAUCGAUACAACAUCAUUCACUGCAGUACAAUCACAAAACAGCAUAUACAAUUUUUGGAGGAGAUUAAACAAAAGACAAUUUCCAGUUUUCAUCCUAUUGACUAUUCUCUUUUUUAGUUUAUUUUUAAAUUUAAUUCAGUAUAAUCAACAAUCUUUACCACGUAAUGAUUUAUUAGUUUUACAUGACUCACUACCACCAGUGCCAUUAACAGCAUAUCAUCAUGCUGUCAUCAUUGCUGGUCAUGCUAUAUAUAAAGGGCCAUCUAACAUUGAUGGUAUAACAAAUGAUGACAACUGGGUUUUAGAAUCAUAUCAACAAGGAGGACAAGUUCAGACAUAUAUUGAGCACAUUAAAAAAGGUAUUGAUAUACUGAAAGAAGAUUCCAAUGCAGUUUUGAUAUUCUCAGGGGGCGAAACACGACCAACUGCAGGACCACGAUCAGAAUCUUUCUCAUAUUGGCAAAUUGCACAAAUACUUUUAGAUGAUGAUAGUGAUAUUCCAAUAGAAUUAAAAUCAGGCUUGAGUGAACGAAUGUUAACCGAGGAAUUUGCAAAAGACUCUCAUGAAAAUUUAUUAUUCUCCAUUUGCCGUUUUGCAGAGAUGACAAGCAAUUAUCCAAAACAGAUUACUGUAGUUGGCUUUGAAUUCAAAAGAAAACGCUUUGAGGACAUUCAUAGACAUUCUAUCAGAUAUCCAAUUGAACAGUUUCACUAUAUAGGUAUAGAUCCCAAAGACGAAGAUCCUUCUCGAGAAGAAGGCGAAUUAGUGAAUUCAUUAAGACCAUUUGAAAAAGAUUUAUAUGGCUGUCAUGGUAGUUUAAAACAAAAGAAGGCACUUCGAAAUCCAUAUCGUCAAAGACAUGCAUAUGGGGUUUCUUGCCCAGUUCUAGCUCCACUCUUAAAUUAUUGUCCUUCUAAUAAUGAACUUUAUACUGGUCCAUUACCUUGGAUACUCCAUUAAUUUAUAAUUUUCCUGUAGAUAUGCAUAUACAGUUCAACAAGUUACAUUACAUAAUAUUAUCAAUAGAUUUAAUACUAAGUCAUUAUUAUGCAUUUUAGCAUAAAAUUAUUUAUCUACUACUAAUAAUUUUG